GACACACACAAACACACGCACGCGCGUGCGCGCGCGAAUGAACCCGGAGCACUUUGCUCCUCACGCGUGUCUUUUAUUACCUUAUAGUCCUUCAUUUAUUUUACUGCAUGUUUGAUGCAGUUUUAGUGCAUGUCAAUAGAAACUAUAUACUGAGCUGAAAAUAAAUAUUAAAAUGUGCAGAAACAAGGCCGUGCGAAUCGCCUGGGCUGGAGGAGCUGAACGGAGACAUUCGAGAAGAAUCAUUAUCACACAGCUUUUUUAUGUGAUGGUUCAGCCUCAGGGUCCCUUGGGCAGUGCAUUGCAGUGGGACAUGGCAGGAAGAGAGGCAGCGGGAUCUGGGGCUCAGGGAUUGCUGGGGAGCCCCCCCGAGCUGGCUGACAAUGAGGUUAUUCAGAGGCUUCUUGGAGACAACAACCAGCUGAGAGCGGCACUGAAGCAAAGCAAUGCAGCUCUGAGGAGCAGAUGUGAAGAGGUUCAAGGAUGGCAUCAGAAGCUGAGGGAGGAAAGAGAGUUCCUGGGAAAGCGGUUUCAGGAGGCACGAGACCUGGUGGAGAGGCUGGGCAGGGAGAACCGAGAGUUACAGGGACAGCUCAGCCUCCUGGCUGCUGGGGCACAGGGCCCGGACCUAAGUGAUCUUCAGGAACAGGGCGACUCUUCUGGAGCAGGAGGCCAGUUCCACAACUCCCACAAGGAAGGAGAAGGGGAUGGAGAUGAGAACAGGGAGGUAGAGAAGCGGACUGGCCCGACAAGCUUGCCCAUGGAGGGAGGAAAUGAGGUCCUGCGGCUGCUUCGAACCCACAAGGAGAAGCUGGAGGAAGGGAUGCGAGAGCUCAGAAGCAGAAAUGAGGAGCUGGAGAAGAGCAUAGAGGAAGGGGAACGAGAGAGGGAGAACCUUCGUAAUGCAAAUACGCAGCUACAGUCAAGGCUUGUUCAGUUGCAGGGUUCUGGAGUGACGCAGGAGGCCCUACAGUGCUCAGAUGCUCAGGCGAGCAGCUCCCACAGUCUGCCCGCACCCGCGGCUGUGAUGACAGCCUCUAGUCCUCAGCUUGUUCAGCUGUCCAAACAGUUGCAGGCAACACAGAUCAGGUACAGAGAGCUGCAAGAGAAACUUGAUUCUCUGCAAAAAACUAGAGUUCAACAAGACAAAAACGAAGUACUCUUAAAGCAGAGGGAAAAUGAAUGCGCACAGCUGACGAAGGACAGCGAGUCCUUGAAGGCCCAGGUCACCUCCCUGCUGGGGGAGCUGCAUGAGAGACAGAGCUGUCUAGAGAGGAGUGAGGCCGAGAGGGCAAGGCUAGAAGAGAAGCUGAAUAAGACCCAGGAGGCCCUGCGUACUCUAGAGAGAGAGACUGAGCAGCUGAAGACUCAGCACAGUGUGACAGUGGACAAGCUGCGGCUGCAGACCCAGAACCUGGAGGCAGCACUGAAGGCAGAGAGGCUUGUCCUAACAGAAGACAAGAGGAAGCUGGCCCAGCUGCAACAUGCUUACACUCAGCUGUACCAAGACUACGACUCCAAACUCCAGAGUGAGAGCCAGGCCAAACAGAGGGAUGGAGAGGUGGAAGACCUAGCCAGCAGGCUGGUGGAGGCAGAAAGGGCUCUAGCCCUGAAGCAGGACCUGAUCGACAAGCUGAAGGAGGAGGUGGAGCAGCAAAGGGGCACACUGGAGACUGUGCCUGUCCUCACUGCGCAGGCAGAGAUUUAUAAAUCUGACUUCCUGGCAGAGAGGGAGGCCAGAGAGAAGCUCCACCAACGCAAGGAGGAGCUCCAGGAGCAGCUGAACCGGGCCCUAGCUGAAGUGGACAGGCUCAGGCUGGAAGGCACAUCACGUGCGAGGAUGGAGGAGAUGCAGCAGAGACACAUAGAGGAUUACAGGGCGGCCCGUCCCCUACUCCCACCUCUUUCAGGAGGAUUUCCUGGGGCCACAAUCCCCUUCAGCCCAGCACAGCCCUCAUCUUUUCGCGUGCAGAAUGUGUCAGAGGAGCUGCCCGAUUACCGCUGCCCAAAGUGCCAGUACCAGGCACCGGACAUGGACACCCUUCAAAUCCAUGUGACAGACUGCAUCCAGUGAGCCCUAGUAUGAGAACGCGGGACUCGGUAAAGCAGGGGUACACAAUGCUGUUCCUUGAGAGCCAGAGUUCUAACAGCUUUAGUACAUACAUUUGAACCAGUGCCUGUGUGUGGUGCCUGAAGUUCCAGGUGAGGAGACUUACUAUCCAGCUGACCACUUUGGUAAAGCAAGAAAGAACUGAGACUGGUACAGCCUGUGGCCCUUAAGGACUGAAGUUGUGCACUCCUACUGUAAAGAUAGGGAGCAGUAUUGCACUUUGACAGGCAUGAUAGUAAUAAAGUAUAAAUGUAACCUGUAACGAUGUGUACUAGUAAGAGUUCAACUACAAUCAGAAGUAAUAGAAAUGCCUCAUAAAGAUAUUAUAGUUCUGCCAAAUGUUUUUAAAAGUUAAUUCUAUUUUGCCAGUUAAAAUAUGGAGACACUGACUCUGCUGUACACAGUAUUGCACUGGAUUCAUUGGUGUUUUUUAUUGUGGUCAGUCUGUCUUCCACUAUGCAUGUGCACUUUGUCUUUGAGCCGUGUUGUCAAUUUGUUUAUGUAAACUGUCUAUCUGAAAAUAAUGUUUAUAUUGCUGUAAUGGAAUUGGAUUCAUUGAAUAAAUUUUGGU